AUGAGCCUGACACUAGCUCUCACCACAGGGACAGCCCUGCCACCCUGUCUCAAUAUCAACGUACGACAGACAACUGGCAUCCAAUGCAAAUGUCCCCUCAAGAAAUUUUCAUUCUCCAACCCUGCCUUCUGUGUUUGGUUCACCUUGUUGAACGACAACCAUUUCAGGGCCCUUUGCAUUGCAAUAUAUUGGCAUACAAGCCCAGAACGACGACCUCCAAUGGAUGACGGACUCCUGGCAUAUAAAGAGACACUGUCGAGGAGUACAAGUUCCACACUCAUGACUAUCGACAAGUUGCACUACGAUGGUGCUGGGAAUGCAUACAGUUGUGACCACACUGGAGCAUGGCAGCCACACCCCGGGAUCGCACAGACAGUUGCACGUCCAUUGCACAUCUCGCAACCUGAUCCUUUUGCGCACACUGGGCUGAACGGUACUGUGUCACUCACUCCGAGGACCAAUGGAACUUGCCCCCAGGGUUAUCAGACCCAGCCCACUCCGCCAUCCACCUAUCCACUCGACACCCCAGCCCAAUUCUCUGCCCAGCGUUGGCACCACCCUUCACCUUCACCCAUUGCGAGUGGUUCACAACUCACUUGGCGUGAAUCUGACCACGAUACCAUUGACCCUGCCCUCCAGCCGCUGCCUCACAGUGCCGAUCUGGACUUGACUGACCCAGUGGUCAUUGCCAAGACAAAUGGCUAUACUGCUGCCUCAAAAACAGCUGGUGCCUGUCAAAAGGCCCACACCACCAAAGGAAAGGGCAAGGGAAACUCACAACCCACCAAGUGUGCCCGUGAAAUCACAGCUGAUGAUGAUGGCAAUAUCAGGGUCAAGCACGGGCGCCCAUCAGGCUCUAACAAUUAUACUACUGCUGACAUCAACGCACUUCUCAACUUGGUCGAAAGGGAAAAGCCACUAGGCCAGCGAGGCUGGCAGAAAAUUCAUGUCAAGUUCUCAGAGUGGGCGACAGAACAGGGAUGUCCUGAUCGAAAACUCAGUUCCCUUGAAAUGAAGUUUAAACAACUCAUCAAGACUACCAAGCCCACUGGAGAUGGUGUUUGCCCACCUGAAGUCACCUGUGCACACCAAAUUGACGCACUCAUCAAUGAACAUGCAGGCACGCGUGAUCUCAAUGACGCAGAGUUUGACGACGAACGUGAUGACGACGACACUCACUCUAACUCUUCUGGCCCAGACAAGCCACAACAUGUGGCUGUUACAAAGGCUAUUCGCACUGAGGCUCCAGUGCCACGAUGCAAUGCAUGUGGUGCCACUGCUGCAGAGUUGCUAACAUGUCUGUCAGGGGCAUUUGAUCCUGCCACACAGCAAGCUCAUGACGAAGAAUGA